GAGAUCAAGGUGUUUUUACACCAUGAUACCUGAUUAGUUGAUGUAAUAGUGACGUUAGGUUUAGGGGUGGGGUUGGGUAAGGGGGAUCAUUUAGAUUGCAUGAUUCAGAAACACCCAGCAGUUUUAAAACACCCACAUGGUGAUAAACGCCCACUUUUACUCUGCAGAGACCUAAGUCUCAAAAUUUGGGGCAAAGCCCUACGCCCAUCAUAUAUGAUGUCUGUGCCUACGCCUGCUGUUUCUCAGAUGACCAAUCAAUCCGCAGUGACGCAUUAUCAGCCAAUCAGUGCAGAUUCAGUUUCUGAUUGACAGCUUGACCAGCGAACCAGUAGUGUUGGUUUUAAGGGCGGGUUUUAGUGUUUAAGAAAUGGUUUCCACGUUUUCUGCACUAUAAGCUAGAGAGGAGGAUGGAUGCCACUCAGCAGAUUGACGAUCCCUUCUCUGAAGAAGAAGAAGAACAGGAAGAGGAGGAGAAGGAAGGACCAGAAAGAGAACAGCUAGCAACAUUAAAGGUGUUCAAAAACAACCACAUACCAGAGGCAGAAUUCCCUCUCUACAUCGGAGAGAAUGUCAUCGGUCGUAAUCCUGCUCUCUGUUCUGUUCUGCUUCCGGCCCAAUCUGUAUCCAGUCGGCAUGCUGUCCUCUCCAUCUCAGUGUUCUGCUCUAGGAAAGACCGUUUUGGUAACGGUGAUGACAUAGAAGCACUUUUAUGGGACAUGGGCAGUUUGAAUGGAACCAGAAAAGGCAGAUUCAAACUAACGCCUCAGGUACGAUAUGCUUUGACCGAUGGAGAAAGUGUGGUGUUCGCUGAUGUGCCAUGUCAGUACAUUGGCUUGAACAUCUCAAAGAAAGAUACAUGCAUAACUCCAGAAAAUGGAGGAGUGUCCAAAAAGGAGAAAAAUUCAAGUUCGGCACUAUCAAGCAGUGACUCGGAGUCAGAGUUGAGUAAAGGCGUGCGGAAAAGGUUAAAUGUGAAAGAGAGGAACGUUCUGCCUCCUGUGCCUUUAUGGAGCCCUGAGGAUGAACAACCCAAAACGAGUUCACCACAGCCAGCUCACAAACAUCCUGAGAUCACCCUGGUGCCUGAAUCUGAAUCAGAUGGAGAGAAUGCCACGGAUGAGAGGAAAGAUUUUGUUUCAGACUCGGCGUCGUCUUCUCAUCUGUGUAGUUCCACUAAUUCAUCAUUUCUGACCCCUGCAAAAAAAGUCAUUCCAGAGAGUGAGGAUGAAAGUUCUAUCACUCCAUCUUCAGCCUCCAUAGACCGGUUCAGACUGCAAAACCCAGAUGAGCCCAGUUCAAAUUCAUUUAAGCCUGGCCCUCUUGUCCUAAAUCUGGACUGUGACGUUAAUUUGGAAGAAAAUGACAUGGAGAAAAUCAAGCCUGAACCAGAGGCUCACCCUGACUUAGCUCCUAAGGUGGAACCAGUAUCUUCAGCUGAAUUUCAUAUGGACAGUGAUAUUGAUGUUGAGGAAGAGGAACUUGAGGGAAGUAAGACUGAACCAGAGGCUCAAGAAGCAGUAACUCUAGAGAAAUCUGUAUCUUCAGUUGGGCUUCAUAUGGACAGUGAUACUGAUGUUGAGGAAGAUGAGGAAAAGAAAAGCAAGAUUGAACCACAGGUUAACACUGAAGAAGCUCCAAAUGUAAAGUCAGAUCUUCAUAUGGACAGCAAUACUGAUGUUGAGGAGAAUAAGGCUUAUGUAACGGAAAACGUCUCCAAAAAGGAAGCAGUUACUGAAAGUCCUCCAUCAGCACCACAAUAUACAGACUUCCACUUGGACAGUGACACUGAUGUUGAAGACGAUAAUCCCAUGAAGGUUUCCAUUGCAACAGAGGUUUUACAUCCUGUUGGAGAGGGAAGUGAUGUCAGACCUACAUCAACUCCAGCGACAGAGUUGCACAUGGACCGUGACACAGAUGUAGAUGAAGAGAAUGAGGACAAAGAAAAGGUGAAGGCAAAAGACCUUCUGUCUAACAGUGAAACUGAUGAUGAGGAUCCCUUUAAACCUUUACCAGACAAAGCUGUGAAGCCUGCAUGGAGUCCGAAAUUUUCUGUAGAGCAAUCAGAAAAGAGAACCCAUACAAUACAAGACCAUUAUUCUCAUGCAAAGACUAAUCUUGAGGAACCGACCCAAGCUUUUGGCCAUUUAGACGAAGACUGGGACUUGCUUCCCACACAAGCAUAUGGAACUGCUGGAGCCAGUGCUAGGCUCAAGCCAAAACAGCUCGAUCUUGAGGCUACACAAGCAUAUGGAACAGAGACAGACAUGGAGGAAGAGCAGGAGCCUCUCGACUAUACCCAACCAUACUCCAACCUCUCAACUGCUGAAACUCAACUCAUACAUGUAGCAAAGCCUGAUGACGAGGAGGAGGAAGAUAAAGACACCGAAAAUGACUCUCACCUUUCCACAUCUGACACUUUGAUCAUAGCCAGCACCCCAAAAAGAGAGGAGCAGAUGCAGCAACUUUCUCUCUUCACAGCCCAAACACAACUUAUCUGGGAGGCAGAAGACAGAGAGGUUUAUCAGAGUGAGCCCACCCAGCUUAUGACCGACACCAUCGAUGAAACGCAGGAGAGUGAGGAGAUCAUGAAGCAAGGUAAGAGAACCCGUGGUGAAGGAGCGGCACACAAAGGUAAAAACACCAGCUCUUCUCUUAUAAUUGCUGAAACUCAGCCCAUGUGUGAGGAAGAAGAGGCAACAAAUGCAGAUCUGAAUGGGGAUGGCUUUCAGAAACCGAGUACAAGACAGCAUUCUGAGAAAUAUGAUUCUGCAUAUCUUGCUGAAACCAACUUCAGCUCCCGUCUCACUAUUGCUGAAACGCAACCAAUGUGUGAUGAUGGAGAAGCACCAGAUCAGGACAAUAUGGUGAGCAGUACUCGUAUGGAAAUCGCUGAAACACAGCCAAUGUUUGAGGUAGAUGAAGCACCAGAGGAUGAUCAGAACAAUGAGGUCAACAGAAGACAAAGCGAAGGUGAGUCCAUACCUCAUAUUGAAAAAGCCUCUGCCUCCAGUCGUGACAUCCCUGAAACACAGUCUGUUGGUGAAGAUGAUGAGGGGCAAGAGAAAGAGCUCAGCAGCAAGACGUCUAGCAGAAGAUCACGCAGGUGUAGACCAAAGAAAAAGAAGGAAGUCUCACAACCUGCUGAGGAUGUUCCCGAUCACACUAUAACAGAAACGCAACCAAUGUAUGAGGAAAAACUAAUUGAGGAUCUGAAAAGUGAGUUCAGUUCACUGAGUAAAAGACAACAACCACAUGAAUUGAAAUCACCAGAACUUUCUGAAACUGACUUCAAAGCAUGCGUCACUGUUGCUGAAACGCAACCUAUGUGUGAAGAAGAGGCAGCUAGUGAAGAUCUGAAUCAUGCACUUGGCACCAGGCAGAUAGAUGAAGACCGAUCCACAGAACUCCCAAUACCCUCGAGCUCCCAUGUCAGUAUAUCUGAAAUACAGCCAAUGCAUGAGGAAGAUGAUGGACAGGAAAAAGACCUCAGCAAGAAGAUGACACACAUAAGUUCACGCAGGGGAAGACCAAAGAAAGACAAAAAGGUAACACAAACUGCUGAGGGUGCUAUUCAUCAGAAUAUCACAGAAACCCAACCACUUCCUGAAGAAGUAUUUGAAAAGGAUGAAACUCUGAACAGCGGAGUGAAAUCCAGGAGAUCCCGCAGAGGAAGGCCGAUAAAAAAGGACAGCGUUCCACAACCUGCUGAAGCUGCUGUUAGCUCCCUUUCCAUUAACACAGAAACUCAGCCUGUUCAUGAGGACAGAACUGAAAGGGAUGAAGAUCUGAGUGGUAUCAGAUCCAAAAGACCCCGCAGAGGAAGACAAAAAGAUGAAGAUGAACCUGCACAGUCUGCUGAACCUAACUCUGAUCUCAGUGUUGUUGGAACACAGCCCAUGGUUGAGGAUAAUGCUCAAGAAGAACCUAGUGGCAGAAGACAGAGGAAAGACAAGGCAGAGGUGCAGAACGAUCACACCCAAGAAAAACUUAUUGGCAGAAGUAGCAGAAGACAGAGGAAAGACAAGACCGAGAUGGAGGUGGAGAGUGAGACAACUGCAUCUAGUAAAGCCCAAGGUAAAACUAUAAAAGGGCUGGAAGGAAAAAGAAAGAGGGGGAAAGCAUUGUCUGAGGAUGAGGAAGAAAGUGAAGUGGACAAAAACACAAGGAGAGGAACCAGACGGACAGGCAUAAAACUGAAGUGUAAUGAAAAGGAAGAAGAGGAAAGAUUGGUGGAGAGGGAUGCCCAAGAAGUGAGAGAGAAGAUGGAUAAAGAGCUCCAAGAACGAGAAAAGACAGAAAGGGAAGAAAAUGAAAGACUGGAGUGUGAGAGAAAGAAACGAGAAGAAUGUGAACAAAGGGAGAGGGCUGAAACUGAAAUGAGACAAAAACUAGAACGAGAGCAGAAGGAAUUAGAGGAAAAAGAAACACUGAAAAGGGAAGAAGAGGAAAAAGUGAAAAAAGAAAUUGAGAGAAUUCAGAGGGAAAAAUAUAUUUUAGAAAAAGAAGAGAAAGAGAGGUUGGAGAGGGAGAAGAGAGAACUAGAAGAGCAAAGACGAAAAGAAGAAGAGGAAAGAAUUCAAAAGGAGAAGGAACAAAUAGAGAGGGAAAGAUUAGAGGCAGAAAGAGAAAGACGUGAAAAUGAGGGGCAUCAGAUGAGAGCAAGAGAACAAAAAAAGACAAAGGAUAGAUACCAUCAGAAAGAACAGAAGAAUGAUCGACUGGAUGCGGCAGAACCAGAAGCUCCUCUAGUUCCUCCGGCCAGACAAACACGCCGCUGCUCAAGCUCUUCUAUGAACUCUGAUCAGUCUGCAUCCUCACAAUGGGAGGCGUCCAGUCAGAGGGGACGAGGGCGGGGCAGGGGGCGAGGCCGAGGGAAGCAGACAACUGAUGAGCAACCCAUCAGUGUUAGACAGUCUGGCAGGAGAGGACCAGCUAGUGCAGUUGAAGACACAGAGCAGAACUCCAGUUUAACAACCCGUUCCCGUUCCCGCUCCAGUUCUAGAAGUUCUGAAAGAUCUGCUCAUAGUAUCGGACCUUCGAAUCAAGGGACCAGAGGAAGAGGCAGAGGCAGGAAGAGUACGAAACUACAGGAACCAGAAGUUGUUCCCCAACCUAAAACUUCUGGAAAAGCCAGGGGAAGAGGAGGAAGGCAUUCUGUUGCGCAGAAUGUAAAUGUUGGAAUGGACAAUGAGCAUGAACAAGAUGUUCAGGUGGUGGAAGACAGCACUGCUGUGUCCCAAACCGACAGCACUGCUGUGUCCCAAACCAACAGCAGAGGUCGUAAGAGAGCAGCAAACAAUAGCGUAUCCCCAGAAGAGGCUCCUUCACCCACACCCAAGACUUCAAGGCGCUCUGUAUCUAUUCGGGCACACAAGGUGUUAUUCACUGGGGUGACAGAUCAGGACGGAGAAAGAGUCGUCUCCCGGUUAGGUGGAAGUCUGGCUAGUGGAGUGAACGACAUGACUCACCUGGUGACUGAUAAAGCAAGGCGUACUGUUAAGUUUUUGUGCGCUGUUGCCAGAGGGGUGCCAAUCGUGACUCCUGAUUGGCUAAAAAAGUGUGGAAAAGCUGGCCAUUUCCUUUCUACUGAUGAAUAUAUAUUGAAAGAUGUCGAGCAGGAGAAAAAGUUUAGUUUCUGCCUACUGAAGUCAAUGCACACUGCUCAAACUCAACCUCUUUUAAAGGGUUAUGAGAUUCACGUAACCCCUUCUGUAAUGCCAGAACCAUCUCAAAUGAAAGAAAUUAUCAUCUGCUGUGGAGCACGCUUCCUCCCCAAAAUGCCGUCUGCUCACAAGGAGCACACUGUGGUGGUCUCAUGUGAGCAGGACAGGGUGCUUUGUGAUAAGGCAGUGAGUAUGUCAUUGCCCGUGGUCAGCACAGAGUUCCUAUUGACUGGCAUUCUGCAGCAGAGAGUUGACCUGCAGGCCUAUUCUCUCACUUCCUCUCUCAACACCUCCAAUCAGCCUACAGCCCCCAAGACUGCUGCCAGGGGACGUAGGAAGUAAUGACAAUGACAUAGGAAAGGACUUAUGUGUAAUACAUUUCCGCCAGUCUAUGACAGAAUCUAAUACAUGUAUGUUUAAGAUCAGAUUGCUUAAGAUGAAUAUGUGACGCUUAUUUCAGUUUUAUGAAAACAGUAAAGAGUUAGAUGAGAUGCUGCUGCACUUGUAACCACACAUCCACUGAUUCCUGUGAAUAUGAGGGCUGGAGAGAGUGUGAGGUGGAUGUCAAUGAAUGAUGAGUGUUAGUGAAAGGAGAAUGAGCUCCUCUCAUUUUUUACGCAUUACUUCAAUAAACUCUAUCAGAGCCUAAAAUUAA